UCCAAGAAUAAAUAUGAUGCGGGCGGUGGACCAGAAACCAGAGUAUAACUUGGAGUGGCCUAACUGCAUGCAUGUUGUUAGUAUUAUAUAAUUAUUGCAAAGGAAAAAAGCAGCCUGCAAAAUACUAAUAACUAUAUAGCUAUGAUUCUUAUCUGUCUUUUCUUCAUUUGUUCUGCUGUUUACAGUCUUCCUGUUAAAGGGGCUAACGUGAGCCUAUUUGUCAACAAUAAAGUGAACAUGGCUUGUUCGGUUAAUGUCAGUGUGAUGCUGAUUUGUGAAGGAGUGAAUCUUGCACAAUUGCAAUGGAGCUAUAGGAGCUCUAAUUCUCCUGAAAUGAUUAAACUCGGUAUUCCGUUCCUUCCUGAUUAUCGUGCUAAUAUUACUGCUGUUGAGGCUAUCAAUAAUCCUGCUGUUUUGGCAGUUCAACUAGUCACUGUUUCUAAAUAUGCUGAUCAAUCACGUGCAAAUUUUUCAUCCCUUCUUUUUGUUGAUCUGUUGAAACUAGAAAAUCAGGAAAUUACUAGCAUAAUAUGUGGUGAUGUUAGUACCUAUGAGGAAAAGUUGGUAUCUGAUAUUAUAGUGUGGGAUCUUGUUAAUACGAAGAUUACUGCCAUGUACUGGCUAGGGGCUCUGACUAGUGUAGAAGUACAUCUGAGGAGUUUAUUAAUGUGUUCUUCAGUUCUUGUGUACACCAUGUCGAUUAAUGGAUCAGAUGAGAUCAAAAUUGUGAAGAGUUGUGUCGGUCCGUUCUGUGAGGUCAGAUUUUCCUCCAUAAGAACCAUUGUGAGAGAGUACAACAUUGAACUGAGUUUGUUUACUACUAGAUUGUCUAGGAAUAAUACAAACCUGUACACAUUUCUAAUAGGGCUCAAAAGUGCAGAUUACUUUCAUAAUCAAGUUAAUUCAACUAACUGUCUCUAUUCAGUCAGUUGUGCAGUUAUUCAAAACGACUCUACUUGUACUAUACGACACACAACACUGAGUAAUCAGCCUAUUAAUAGCACGGGAAUGUUGAAAAUUCCACAUUCAAAUCCUGGUACAGUCCACACAUUUGCGUUUUCAAUGGAGGCAAACAAAAAUUUACGUAUCAAAGAAAACAUAUCUGUUACAGAUGGAAUCCCUUUUGGGACAAAACCAAUUGCCAUUGUUAUCACAACUUCACUGUUCCUCCUUUUGACAGCCAUUCAUUUCUUGUUACUACUUAUAGGAGCUUGUUGUAAGGUGAAGGCAUUUGUCUAUAGGAAGAAAUAUCUUGUUGCUUCCUUGGUGAUCCUACUUGUGCUGCUUUUCAUUUGCAUUUCUUCAUUAUUUGCCUUUGGAAUCAUUUCGUAUGGUACACAAUGCAGUCAGAUUAGGUUGACACUUCACAACAGUAUGCUUGUUACAAUGCUGAUAAUAUCGUGUUUGGGAAUAACAAUUUUGAUUACUAUUUGGAGUUUUAUUGGACACGGGGUGUACAAACAUUGCAAAUCCACAUUACGAUCAGAAAACAGAGAUCUUAGGAACACACAGCUGGAUCAUGACUCUAAAACGGAUGCUUAUUGCACAACACAAGGCAGGAAUGCCUAUCUUAAUCAGACGGCAGCCAGCUCUAAAUACCCUGGAAGGGAUGUGAAGUCUAGAGACUGUCAAAAGAAAAGUCAGUAUGAUAUGCUGGAGCACCCGUUGACAAACAGAUUUUCAUCCUAUAGUUGUGAUGUAAAGAACGACUUUUAUGGGACCCUAAAUGAGGAAGCAUUGAUUGAGCUGAAGUUGGGAGGUGAUCCCUAUGAACAGCUGAGACCUGGUGAAAAGUCAAGACCCGUGCCAAACCUGACAGACACUAGCUACUCCCACAAUCCAAAGAGAAAGUCCAAACAAAUUUUAACUGCAGCACCUGAUGUUGUUUUCAGAAGUAGAAGUGAGGAUGAAUAUGAUGUUCUUAGUCGGCAAAGCAUUAACUUUCAAGAUGCAACCAACGGCAGCAGACUUCACUCCUUUUAUGGAGAGCUCAGUCAGGCAUCCAUUGAGCCUUCUGGAGCUGGACUCUAUCUCCAGCUGCGCCAUGGUGAGAAGUCAAAGCCAGUGCCCAAUAUGGACGAUCCUACCUACUCACAUGUGCAUAUCGAACCUGAAGUAGAAGGGUCGCAAGCGAAACCUAAUUAAGAGAUCCAAGACAACAAAGACUGCACAACAUUAGUUUUGUUAAGACUAUUAUUGUACUCACAGUGUAUAGUUUUCGUUAUGUAUAGCUAUUAUGUCUUGUAUAUAGUUAUACUUAGU